UUGCAGCAACUGCCACUGAAUUCCACCCCUCGUACUUCACAAACGGUACAUGAACAAUUUGAGGAUUCUUCCAAUCAUGAAACAAAUAAACAAUCCGAGGAACAAGGUCCUUCUGCCGAAAAAAAGAGAGGAAAAACUCUGAUUCCAAGUAUUCAUGAUAGGAAAGAGCGCAAGCUAAUUGUGCUAAACGAGAACAAUCAACCCAUAGGUCCUACUGAUGAUGUUGUAGCAGAGUUGGGUAGCUUCCUCGGUACAUUGGCAAGGAAUGCAACCUUUUGUUCUCUUAAUGUGUUUAAUUGGAGAAAACUUCAAACAAAAGAAGAUAUGUGGAUAUAUAUCAAGGGAAAAUAUGAUAUUCAUGAUGCUGCGAAAAGGUGGGUUUUUGUUUCAAUUCAGAAUGCUUGGAGAAAGUAUAAGAAUCAACUAUUUAACGACCAUUAUAAAGCGUAUGAGAAUGACGAGCUUCAAAUGGAGAAAAGGCUGGUUGAUGUUCCUAAAUCUCAAUUUAGGGAUCUUCUUAAUUAUUGGAACUCUGAUGCCUACAAGAAAAUGUCCCAAACCAAUAUCGAGAAUUGCAAAAAGUUAAAAUAUCCACACACUGCUGGUAAAAGAAGUUUUGCUCGAAUAUGCGAGGAAAAAAAGAAAGAAACUUCUGAGCCUCUAUUAAGCAAGGACAUCUUUGUGGUUACGAGAAAAAGAAAAGUUGAUCGAGUAUACAAGGCCUCGUAUGCGGAUACUCUUAAUAAAAUUGAUGAAAUGGAAAGAAUACAAUCAACACAAGAAAGUGAAAAUGGCAGUCAAUCAGUUAAUGCAUUUGCAUCAGUCAUAGGACCUGAGCAUCCAGGUUGCCUAAGGUUGUAUGGACGUGGGGUUACCAAGACUUCCUUAAAAAGAAAAGUGGGAGAUUUUGGACCCUCUUUAAGUUCUACUGAUGAGGUGAUGCAGCAAAAAUUGGAGGAAAUGGAAGAAAGGAUGCAACAAAGAUUGCAGGAAAAGUUCAAUUCACAAAAAGAUACCAUGAAACUACAAGUUGCAGUUAACAUCAUUUCACAACUUAAGCAUCCGAAUCCAGAUUUACGAGUUAAUCCCAGCAUGCUAGGUUUCAAUACUCGUUCACCUGGAGAAGCUUCCUCUGCACAACAAGCUGCUGUACAACUAAUCAAUCGCCUAUCUACUAGGAGUAAUAAUCAAGGUGGAGCAAUUGAAGAAAGGGAAGAUGGAGAUUGUGAAGAUCUAGGCUUUACUUAAGAACUUUGAAUUGUUGUCCAUGUUCUAGGAAUCUUUUGUUAUCAACAUUUGAAACUUAUAACUCUAACUCUUGAAGUGUUGAAAUAUAAAACUUAUGUGAUAUUGGGUUAAAAUAUUUUGGUUUUAUGGAGACAAUAUAAAUUAUGAAGUGUUUUAUCUUUUUA